GGCGCUUUUUGGAGGCGUUGGUUUCUGAAUCCGUCCAGUAUCUCCGCCCCUCCGGGCAGAGCCACCUUCUCCAUCCACCAUCUAAACCAGGAUUUGAGGUGUGACAGACAGACUUCAGGAGCUCAGCAUCGCGUCGGUCCGGCCCAUCAUCCACCUCUUCAUUUACCAUUCCUCUCUUUCUUUUUCUUUGGGAUUAUGGAGAUGUCGUUGCGCCACGCCAGAUUGAACCACAGACGCUCACCAAGAGAUUAAAUCUCCCGAUCAAGGACGAAAUAUUUAUAUGUGCAUACAUUUAUUUAUUUCUGCUGCAGCACAUUUUUUUUUUUAGAUUUUGCACGUAAAAAAAGGGAUUUUGAGCUUGAUGCUUGUGGAGAUUUGGGAGCGCGCAUUGGAGGUUGGAGUUGGCAUAUCUCCGCAAUCCCCAUCUUUUUUUUUCUUACCAUGAUUAAACCGCUGUAGCUGUGACCAAACGCAGCGCCCGGAACAAACAAUUAAGAUGACAAAACCCGCUCCUGGAGGAGAGUCUCUUCGAGUCAGCUGCAUUGGGACCGAGGAUUUCCACAGAGUUGGAGGGCAGAGAGCUGAGGAAGAGGAGAGGCAAGAGAGGAGAGCUUCGGUCAGUGAUGGACUGAGCUGAAAAGGCGCUUGUUUUUAUUUUUUUUCCUUUCUUUUUUUUUUUUUUUUGGACACAUUAUUGCCGCACAGCUGCAUGGACACAUCUUCAAAGACGUGGCUGCCACAUCAGGGUCAGUUUGGCUUGGUUGGUCAAGCGGAGGUUUGCUGUGGUGGACCUGGAGUUUUAACGCCAAACCAAUCACGCAGGGCAAGUUUUGCCUCUGUAAGACAGUCGAGUAUGGAGACACCCCCCAACACGACUCCGCAGCCGUUCCGGCAGCCGAGUUUCCUCAAUCGAAGGUUGAAGGGUUCCAUCAAGAGGGCAAAGAGUCAGCCCAAACUGGACCGGACCAGCAGCUUCAAACAGAUGAUUUUGCCCAGGUUUCGGAGCGCCGAUGUGGAGAAGACACGCUUGAUGCAGAGCUUCAAAGAAUCCCACUCCCACGAGUCCCUUCUUUCCCCCAGCAGCGCUGCAGAAGCUUUAGACCUAGUUUUGGAUGAAGAUGCCAUUAUCAAGCCUGUCCACUCCAGCAUUUUAGGACAAGAGUACUGCUUUGAGGUAACAACAAAUUCAGGGACCAAAUGUUUUGCCUGCCGUUCGGCUUCAGAAAGAGACAAAUGGAUUGAAAAUUUGCAGCGAGCUGUCAAACCUAACAAGGACAACAGCAGACGGGUGGAAAAUGUGCUCAAGUUGUGGAUCAUUGAGGCCCGAGAUCUUCCAGCUAAGAAGCGCUACUAUUGUGAGCUGUGCCUGGAUGACAUGCUGUAUGCACGCACCACCAGCAAACCUCGCACCGACACCGUCUUCUGGGGAGAACAUUUUGAAUUCAACAAUUUGCCUACCAUUCGUAGCCUUCGAUUGCACCUCUACAAGGAAACGGACAAAAAGAGACGCAAGGAAAAAAGCACAUACAUUGGCCUUGUCAGCAUCCCGAUAUCCAGCAUCACGGGCCGGCAGUUUGUGGAGCAGUGGUACCCGGUGAUACAGUCCAGUGUUCUGGCCAAAAGCGGUGGCGUUGGAAGCACCAAAGUGAUCAACGCAUCGCUACGCAUCAAGUCUCGCUACCAGACGAUGAAUAUCCUCCCGAUGGAGCUGUACAAGGAGUUUGCUGAGUACAUCACCAACAACUACCGAACACUGUGCGCUGUCCUGGAGCCGCUGCUGAGCGUGAAGAGCAAAGAGGAGGUGGCGUUCGCUCUGGUGCACAUCCUUCAAAGUACAGGGAAGACAAAGGAAUUUUUGUCAGACAUGGCGAUGUGUGAGGUGGACCGAUUCAUGGACCGUGAGCACUUGAUCUUUCGGGAGAACACACUCGCUACGAAGGCUGUGGAAGAGUACCUCAAACUAAUAGGUUACAGAUAUCUCAAGGAAGCUAUAGGUGACUUCAUUCGAGCCUUAUAUGAGUCUGAGGAGAACUGUGAGGUGGACCCCAUGCGUGUCCCACCAUCAGUCCUCGCCGACCACCAAGCCAACCUGCGUAUGUGCUGCGAACUCUUACUCUGCAAGAUUAUCAACUCCCUCUGCAUAUUUCCCCGGGAGCUGAAGGAAGUGUUUGCCUCUUGGCGAGCCAGAUGUGCCGAGCGGGGACGUGAGGAUCUGGCCGACAGCCUCAUCAGCUCCUCCCUGUUCCUCCGCUUCAUGUGCCCAGCCAUCAUGUCCCCGUCCCUGUUCAACCUGAUGCAGGAGUACCCCGCCGAGCGCACGUCGCGCACGCUCACGCUCAUCGCCAAGGUGAUGCAGAACCUGGCCAGCUUCAGCAAAUUUGGACCCAAGGAAGAAUACAUGUAUUUCAUGAACGAGUUCCUGGAGAUGGAGUGGGGCUCCAUGCAGCAGUUCCUGUAUGAGAUUUCCAACAUGGACACGGGAGGAAACGCUGGAGGAUUUGAGGGCUACAUCGACCUGGGCAGAGAAUUGUCCAUGCUUCACAGUUUGCUGUGGGAAGUCAUGGGUCAGCUAAGUAAGGAUGCCAUUCUCAAACUCGGACCCCUGCCUCGGCUCCUGAAUGACAUYAGUGUCGCCCUGAGGAACCCGCAGCUCCACAUGCCAACAAACCACCAGCCGGACAGACCAAAGGACCGACUCUUCUCUCGCCCAUCUUUCAAUCGCCUCAUGUCCUCUGACUUCCAAAGCCUUAUGAUGCGUGAUUUAAACAGCUCCAUAGACAUCUCCCGCCUUCCGUCUCCCACGACCGGRGUCUCGGCUGUAGAAUCCCUCUCCUCCAACCUGAACAUGAGGCGCCAGGCUGARCGGGACCUCCGCACGACGAGGGAGGUGUUCUACGUCACCCGCCCACCGCUGGCUCGAUCCAGCCCUGCGUACUGCACGAGCAGCUCUGACAUCACAGAGCCUGAUCCAAAGGUCCACAGUGUAAACAAAAGUGUGUCCAUGAUGGACCUUCAGGACUCUCGUAUGAACAGCAUCUCCAACCUGAACUCGGUGGGAGACAUGCUCGCCUCCUCUCAAGCWUCCAUCGCCGGUCUCGGUCACAGCUUUGGGAACCUGGGCGGUCCGCUGCGUAUGGGAGGCCACUUGCCGCCAGGUUCCUCGGGCUCCGGUCUGAGACUGAGCCAGAUGGGCCACGUAGGGGGUCCCACAGAAUCCCUGUCCCAGCAGCAGCAGCAGGCGGCGGCAGCGAUGAACUUCCCCUUGUCUUUCCAAAACCCGCUUUUCCAUCUGGCCGCUCAGAACUCGCCGGCUCAGUCCCAGCCUGCUCCUCCGCCGCCCCUUCUCCUCACCCCCGAGCACGAGAACGGCCACCCCGACUACGCGCCGGCCUUUGGCAACAGCGUGUUCUCCCGCAGCGAGGACCUGUCGGCCCUGCAGUCACAGAGCAGCCUGGUGCAGCCCAGCAUCGUCCACUCACACAGCUACAGCGAUGACUUCACCCGGCAGAAUCAGAGUAACGACUUCGCCUGGCACCAGCUGUCACUGCAGGUGCAGGAGUCUCUCCAGCAGCAGCAGCUUAUGGGAGUCACAUCUCAGACCGGUACUGGCACAGGGACGCCAGCAUCCUUGGCCACGCCUCCAACUACCGUCCACCCCGUCCGCCAGACGUCCAUCGCCGCGCAGCAUCUCAAGUCGCAGCGGUCCAUCAACAACCCAGCCACGGCCACGCCCCCGAAAGUUCGUCCUCAGAGCAGAAACCUCCUCCUCAACUCCUCUGACCCCAGCUUCAGUGGCAGUCAGCCCAAGUCGCGCCAGAAUAAACAAACAACCCCGCAACAACCGCCGCAGCAGCAGCAGCCGCAGACGCAACAGGACGCGCAGACGGACAUUUCGGCUCCYGGGCUUCCCUUCCAGACCAGCUCGGCCAAGGAGAACCAGGUUCCAGCAGCAGCGGUGGACGAGUCUACAGACACGCCCACAAAGAGCAGCAAGAAAUCUCAACAGGCCCAACUGCAGCCGCCGCAGCAGCAUCUGCUCAAACCGGUUGCCAACAAACAGGGGAACAUGAAUGAGCGGACGGUGGCCUGGGUGUCCAACAUGCCGCACCUUUCUGCCGACAUCGAGAGCCUGCGGCCGGACCGCGAGGGCCAGCUCAAAGAGUACUCCAAGAGCAUGGAUGAGUCGCGACUAGACAGGGUACGAGAAUACGAAGAGGAAAUCCACUCUUUGAAAGAGCGACUGAAGAUGUCCCACCGCAAACUGGAGGAAUACGAGCAGCGGCUCCUGUCCCAGGAGCAGCAGACGAGUAAGAUCCUGCAGCAGUACCAGAACCGGCUGGAAGACAGUGAGCGCCGCCUGAAGCAGCAGCAGCUGGAGAAAGAUUCUCAAAUCAAAGGCAUCAUCAGCAGACUCAUGGCUGUGGAAGAUGAGCUGAGAGGGGGUGCCAUUCCUGAUAUUAAGCCUCGAAUCCUCACAGACCAGUCUAUCAGCCAGGGCUAUGGUGUCCUCCCAGGAUCCUGACUGCCGCUACCCAGGUGACCAGAGCUCAUGAUGGUCACUCGAGUGUAAGAAGGCUGGUUCAAACGCUGCCAGAGAACCAAGACAGAGCUCGAAGGACUAACCGAGGUGUCAUCUCACAACAUUAUCCAUUUAAAAAACAAACUAAAAGAAAUGUUGCACAUAAUAAAACUUGGCCUGUACUGGAACUUGACAAUCAUCUUAAUGUGAGAUCAACGUGUGCUGGGAUUCUUCUGCACACGUUGAGUGAAAUAAAAGCCAGUGACUUAAUAAUGAUGAUGAUACUGAUGAUACCGUUCCUAUGGAGUUUCUCUAACUGCAGUGGGAAAACAGUGAGAGGAGGUGUGUAAACCAGCGAGAUGAAGAUGGACUCUGGAUUUUUCCUCUUCGACAAGAACUUUCUCUCUUCAAUGGCUGCAGAAACAAUUUUCAAAAAGGAGGCUUUUACCAAGCACAAUAUCCAUUCAUGGUGAUGCCUUUGACAAGCAACAGUUCUGUUGUUCACUUAUUUGCCAUUCGCGGUUCUCAUAUCCAAGAUUUGUUUUGGUUCUGACGAAUUCUAUUUUACAAAGUUGGAUAUUGUCAUAAUUUAUUUAUUUAUUUUUUUGCUUCCUUCGAGAUACAACCAUCUCAACUAAAAAGACGCCAAACGAGAUCUACAAUCAACUGCUUUAUGUACAAUCURAUCCACUUUUUUUUCUUUUUACAUAUAUUUUGGCACACAAUGUAAAGUCUUGACUUCCAGUGUGCAUAACAAAUAAUUUAUUAAUUUGGCUAAACAGGAAAACUUAACUAUAACGUGUUUCUACAUGUUGUAAUAAUGAUAUUGAUGAUGAUCGCUACGCUCAAAGCAUUUUUAACAUUUCAAACCAACGAUACAAAGUGAUACAAUAUUUACAGGCUUAAGGAAAACAGUUGGAUUGCAGGCACUUCAUUUAUGCAGCUUGGUGGUGCUACUCAUUCUGCACAAAAUGCUGUUUGAUUGGCACCUUCUGAAGGAAAACUAUCUUUAAAAUUGAACGUGAAUGAGGAUAUCAGAAAUAGCUUUAAGGUAAUGUUCAUUCACACUGAGUUUAUUUCAACUAGARAAGGGAUCCAUCCAUCCAUCCAUCCAUCCAUCCAUCCAUCCAUCCAUCCAUCCAUCCAUCCAUCCAUCCAUCCAU